UUAUCCUGAAUGAUAAUGGAAGUUGAGUGAAUAAUUUUACCGAGGGAAAUGGAGUGAUAUAUCCUCCUCAUUUAUCGUUUAUUUCGUGCAGUUUAAUCAAUUUUACUCCAAAAAUAAGUUAUCCCUGAAAAUCUACAAUGAAUACACAUUUUCCAUCUUCGUGAACACAUAAAGAUGGACUAAUCUUUCAUCAUUGAGGUGUUGUCACUGAGAAAUAAACUACAACAUACAGCCAUGGAGUCCAGCGAAAAAAUUCUGACGACUAUCUUCAACAAGACCUCAAAAUACAAGUUGAUCGUGAAGAAGUGGGAAAGUGAUUUCAAAAAAGUUCAUGGAAACAACCCCAACAGGAAUGACAUCAAAAAUGCACCAUCAGACAUUAAAGCUGCGUACAAAAAAUACUGGAUGCUCAAAACCAAUGAAUUGGAAAAGUCUUUUAUGGAUUCUACUUUUGAUGACUGCUCACUUAAUGAUGAUUUUACUACUGACGAUUUAAGGGUAAAAGAGCAAACUACAUCUCCAGAAACAGAUCACAGUCAGGAGAGGACGCAUAAUCUUGAGAAUGAUUGUUUUGUUCAUCCUGGAGACACAAGAAUCUCUACUCAACUGCAUGAAAAUAAAGAAAAAUCUCCAGUAAUUUCGCAUUCAGCUACAGAAGGGAAUACAGAAUCGAAUAUCAUUGACAAUUGUUUAAGAAAAGCCGAUCCUCUGAAAGAGUCCAACCUAGAUAAUGUCCAUUGCUCCAAGUUUUUAGAAAUGCCUGAGCAGCAUAGUAAAUCUGAAGACAGCUCUGGGAAGUUUAGCUUAUUAAAAGAGUUGGAUUCAAGUAACAUGGACUGCCCAAAGGAACAAGUAAAAUGUAACCCAGGAAAUUCCACCACUGAUAAAAACGACCUAGAAAAAUUAAAUGACAAAGGUUGGGGAUCACACCUGAACAAAACCAUGGAAGCAGCUAAAAAAUCAAAAAGUCUGACGAAAUCUGUUUCGUCCCACUUUCUAGAAAAACUGUUUGUUGGCUCUAAAUUCAAGAAAAAAAAUCCCAGAAAAAUCAAAUCAUUUUCUCGACUUAAUAGUCUAAAAAAAGAAGAAUUGUCCGGUAAAGAGCCUGCAUCUUCAAACCAUGAAGAUGGAUUUCCAGUUUUAAAAAAAGACUUGAACAAACAAUCAGGAGCAGAAAAAGUAAUGGCCGACGGCGAGAGUGAAUCAAUGACUAGAGACCUUGAUGAUUUAGUCAAAGAUCUUGUUCCUUUUAACUCCGUAAUUAGUAAUGUGAGUAUUAAAAAAUCUAAUCCAACAUUGAGUAAUGUUCCUAAACCUCUCAUUGGGGAAACAGUUCCUUCUAAUUUAACCUGCAGUAGAAAGUUGGACAAAGGAUGGCUUGAGAGGUGCAAUGUACGCAGUAGCAUAGAUUUGAUGAAACAGAAUUCUUUCGACUCUGGUAUUGAUGUCUCUGAUAGUAAUGUCAAUACCUCAACUCAAAACUCAUCGGCCAGUACAUUUGAAGCUAGUCCAUUCUCACCUGACAACUUUGUCUUUAGUAGAAAUACCUCCAGUCUCAACACUGACAACAACCCCUGUGAUAAAAAUAAUUUUAGUUCAGAAAAUAAAGUUGGAAUAUCUCAUGAUGAUCCGUCCAUUGAUGACGAUGACAGUAGUGAUGAAGAUCUUGUUUUUGACAGUGACUCAGAGGGAGAAAGGUCAAGAAGUAAUUUCAGGUUUAGUAAUAGUUCAUUCAAAAAUAAGUCUGUAUCCAAGCCUAAUCCAACAGAAGCCACCGAAAACCAUGUUGAAAACAUUAGCAGCUGUGAAAUCAGUCGAUCGUCAAACUUCGUGCAUGAUUUCUCCCUUAAAGCAGAAACCUCCACAGAACUUAGCAAGGAUACUGGUAUUCUUGGUGCAGAAAGCAGAAAAAGACAGUGUACAAACGAUGAUAGUUUCAUGGAAUGUAGGUUGUUCAAACGACUCAAAGAGACUGACUCCACAAGUUCUCCAAAUAUUUCGCCCAUUGCUAAUGUGCCUCUCAAGAACCAAAAAAUUAAAGAGUCACCGAUUUCACAUAUUGACAAGCGGAAAGAAGAAAUAUUGAAAAAAAAACUUGCAAGUGGUAAAGCAAAUGAAAAUUUUGUUCGCAUUAAUAUCCAAAAGAAAGUAUUUGUACGUGGUAAGAAAACAAUGACAAACUCAAAAUAUAAGAAACAGCAGUGGAAGGCAAAGAAAAAAUUGCAGAAUUACCAAACUGGCCGGAGCUUUACGUCUGAUGGUGAUUUUCAAACUUGUUUCAAAUGUAAUGAGAUUGGACAUUGGGCCAAAGAUUGUUGUAAAGGUCAAAUUCUUUUACCCAAGGAAGAGGGUGACGAUGAACUUGACUGUCCUUUCCCAACACUAGAAGAAGCUGAAGAAAUAGCCAAUGAAAUGAAAGAAUCGGCUCAUUUGAGGAAGAAUCAAAUGAACCGAGACAAGGUUCAAACGGUUCAGACAGCAUAUGAAUUGGAAAAUACUGUUGCCCCACCUCCCGAAGAACUAGUUGACAAAUUUUCACAUGUAGAACCCUACUUUGGAACAAAUGAGGAUGGCUCUUUAAUUGAUACUCCUUUAGAAGUUCUAGACGCUCUUUUAGAAUUUGACCACAAACAGUUCCGGCCAGGACAAGAAGAAGCUGUCAUGCGAAUUCUGUCCGGUAAAUCCACACUAGUCACUUUAUGCACUGGAGCUGGAAAGUCACUAAUAUAUCAGCUACCUGCUUUCAUGUAUGCCCGAAGAUCAAAUUGCAUUACACUCGUCGUGUCUCCACUCAUUUCUCUGAUGGAAGAUCAAAUUCUUAGGAUACCAUCUUUCUGCAACGCAGCUUGUCUUCACACUAAUCAAAAUGAAGCACAAAAGAACAAAAUUUUGGACCGCUUAAAGAAUGGAGAAAUCAAUGUAUUACUGGUUUCACCUGAAGCAGUUGUUGCCAGCGAUCGUAUGGCUAACAAUGGAUUUUUGCGAUUCCUUCCUCCGAUAGCAUUUGCUUGUAUUGAUGAGGCCCACUGUGUUUCCAUGUGGUCUCACAAUUUCAGGCCGUCCUAUUUGAUGAUUUGCAGGGUAUUACGAGAGCGUAUGGGGGUCAAGACUAUUUUAGGCCUGACUGCAUCUGCCACCGGACCAACAAUUGAAAGCAUAGUGACUCACCUUGGAAUAAGUGAUGGUCUAAGUGGUGUCAUCAGGGACAUUCCUCUGCCAGAUAACUUGAUUCUUUCCGUGUCAAGAGAUGAAAAUCGAGACUCAGCUUUGCUGAAACUGCUGCAAGGACCUCGAUUUUCUUCUUUUGAUUGCAUUGUUGUGUACUGCACGCGGAGAGAGGAGUGUGAAAGACUAGCUGCUUUUCUGAGAACAACUCUGAGAGACAUUCCAAAACCUGCUCACAUCAAAAAGAGCAGUUUAUCAUGGACUGCUGAAGCAUACCAUGCUGGUCUGAGCUCUGGUAGGAGGAAGCAAGUACAAAAUGGUUUCAUGAAAGGGAAUGUGAGGAUUGUUGUCGCCACAGUUGCCUUUGGUAUGGGUAUCAAUAAAAGUAAUAUUCGUGGUAUUAUUCACUACAACAUGCCAGCCAGGUGCGAAAACUAUGUUCAAGAAGUCGGGCGCGCUGGCCGUGAUGGUUUGCCUGCCCACUGCCACUUGUUCCUUUCAUCUGAGGGUCAAGAUUUGAAUGAACUACGUAGACAUAUCUAUGCAAACUCAAUCGCACGGCAUACUCUAAGGAGGCUUUUGGAGAAAGUGUUUGUGCCAUGUAAGUGUCCUGCAGAAUUAUCUGCCAACAACUCAGGGCAAAGCAUAAGAUCCUGCAAGAGACACGAAAGAGCAAUCGACAUUGAUGAGAUUGUUGCUCAGUUAGAUGUUCCGUCAGAAAAUAUAAUGACGCUCCUGUGCUACCUAGAAGCUCAUCCCAAGAAAUGGAUUGAUAUUCUUCCGCAGUCUUACACAAUGUGCAAAGUUAGUGUCUAUGGUGGAGAAAUGCAACUUAGAAAAGCUUGCAAAACGUGUCCGCCAUUAGCUGUUGCUGUUGCAGAAGAGAGAAAGAAGAAAAACUCCAACCUGAGAAGUUUUGAGUUUCCAGUUGUCUCUCUUGCAGCUUCUAUUGGCUGGGAUAGUGGUAUUGUUAAACGCUCUCUGAGCAAUGUAAUGUGGACAGAAGUGAAUGGAAAAUCAAAGAAAUCUGGUAUCAACAUUGAAUUCACAAACUUAGGUUUCCGAGUAUUAGCACCUGGAAACUUACCGCCAAAUGAGUUGGAUGAAGCAUUGGACAGCUUACACAAGCAAGUAGAAUUCCAUGAGCAGACUUCACUGAAACAGCUGCAGUUCCUAUUCAACUGUCUAACUGAAGUUUGCUUCAAAUCCUCAGAGGAUUGCCUUGAGGAGGUCGACAUGGAGAAAAGUGAAAUCUUGAAGAAAAAUAUCAGGGCCUACUUUGCUGACGAUUCAGCAACAACACACUCAAUCGAAAAAAUUGUUGCGACUGGUUUGAAUAAUCAAGCACAAGUCUUAGGAGACAUAAGAAGCCUAGUCGAGACUCAUCGCGACUCGAUGUUUACUGGUCUUGCCAUUGCAAGAAUAUUCCAUGGAAUCAGCAGCCCUAACUAUCCAGCCAUUGUGUGGGGUCGAACCAGAUUUUGGAGAGCACAUUUGCUCGAAGAUUUCAAGUCAUUAGUGCAAAUUGCCACAAUUGAAUUAAUUAAGUUUAGGUAGUUUUCAAUUUCUGCGUGUUUGUUUGUUGGUUUGUUCUGUUUUAUAGUAUUUUUACAUCAGUUAAAAUUAGAAAUUUAUACUAUAAUAAAGUUGUUUUGGUGUACCGUCUCUCCUGCGAUAGAGAUGAUUGUUAUUAACUUUCUUUCGUACUUGCAUCCAUUCUAUUUACCAAUUUUCUCUUUGAUCAAUUUUUUAGAUUAGUUUUAGCUUUGAUAAUAUAUGAAUCAACUUUCAUGAA